AAAACAUCGAUUCCUUCAUAAAAGAAGACAUUCAGAAAUGAACACAAAUGGCUCGUGUAAUAAGACGUCGGAUAGCGUGCCGUCAGUGCCUCGAAAGGCUGUGCGCCGUAUAUUCACUAAUAGCAGAGAGCGCUGGAGGCAGCAGAACGUGAACGGAGCCUUCGCCGACUUGAGACGUCUUGUGCCCACAUAUCCCGCCGACAAGAAGCUCAGCAAAAACGAGAUCCUCAGACUUGCCAUCAAAUAUAUCAAACUUCUUAUGGCUGUUCUCGACUAUCAGAACCAAGAAGAGGGACUCCCGAUGGAAAUGACGUCCAAGAAAGCGGAGCUAACACUCAAUGGUAACGCUUCUCACGAGAGGAACAGAUUUAGUAAAUCCAAACACAGACUACAAGUGAAACAAAGGGACAGAAAACGACGAUAUUAUGUGAAUAUAGGACAGCCGUCGCCCUCCAGUUCACCACUCAAUGACUGCGAUUCUCCGUUUCUCAUCAGUUCCGAUGAGUCCAGUCUUAGCUGUGCUUCAGAUACCGAC